AUGGCGAGCAUCGCCUUCAGCCGGAUGUCCAAGGCUAAUGCCCUCCACCUCAAUACCGCCUUCACAAGCAGGACUAUCAGGCCUGCCCUCCAGAUCAGGUGCAAGGCCACAGUAGUCGACAGUGCGGUCCGUUCCAUCACACCAAAGCCAACGACCUCCACCAAACCCUCCUUCGAACGUGCCACCUUCACCAUCCGUGAUGGACCCAUCUUCCACGGCAAGAGCUUCGGUGCGAAGAGGAACAUUAGCGGCGAGGCCGUCUUCACGACGUCGCUCGUAGGCUAUCCAGAGUCUAUGACCGACCCAUCGUACCGCGGACAGAUCCUGGUCUUCACCCAGCCAUUGAUCGGCAACUACGGCGUACCGUCUGCUGCACGAGACGAGUUUGGAUUGCUGAAGUACUUCGAGAGCCCGAACAUCCAGGCUUGCGGUAUUGUGGUCGCAGAUGUGGCUUUACAGUACUCGCACUGGACCGCUGUGGAAAGCUUGGCGGAGUGGUGUGCCAGGGAGAAGGUGCCAGCGAUUACUGGUGUGGAUACGCGUGCUAUUGUCACGCACCUACGAGAGCAGGGGUCUUCGCUUGGUCGCAUUACAAUUGGAGAGGAAUACGAUGCAGACGAAGACGAGGCAUAUGAAGACCCAGGUCAGAUCAACCUGGUGGCUCGCGUGUCUACCAAGCAACCCUUCCACGUCCCGUCUCCAGUCGGCGACGCCCACAUUGCACUCAUCGACUGCGGCGUCAAGGAGAACAUCAUCCGCUCGAUCGUCUCUCGAGGCGCUUCCGUUACCGUCCUGCCCUGGAACUACCCUAUCCACAAGUUGGCUCGCCACUUCGAUGGCGUCUUCAUCUCCAACGGCCCUGGUGACCCAACUCACUGCCGUCAGACAUCCGACAAUCUUCGUCUGCUCAUGGAUACUACGAAUGUCCCGAUCAUGGGCAUUUGUCUCGGCCACCAGCUCCUCGCUAUCGCGGCCGGCGGCAAGACCGAGAAGAUGAAGUAUGGAAACCGUGCUCACAACAUUCCCGCUCUGGACAAGACGACUGACUUCAAGGAGUACUUCGUGAACCUCAACGACGACUCAAACGAAGGAAUCAUCCACAAGACUCGUCCCAUAUUCGGCACGCAGUUCCACCCCGAGGCCAAAGGAGGCCCAUUGGAUUCUUCGUAUCUGUUUGAUGCAUACUUGAACAGUGUCAAGACCUACAAGGCCGAACAGGAUAGGUUGAAGCCAGGUAACAAGGAGAUGAGGCCAAGCCCUUUGUUGGUAGAUUUGUUGGCGAAGGAGAGAGUUGGGGUGGCUCCCGGUGCUGCGACGGAGAUUCCGGUUUAUGCUUAG